AGGGAUAACCAGCGAAUGAGAGUAAACCUUGGGGAGGCUUACUGCAAUAAACUUAAGUAAGGUCAAAUCCUAUGGAAACUGAUGGAAUCGGAAACUUCACCGUUUUCCAUCGUUCUUUGCCACAGUUUUUGAGGUUGUGAGCCAAUCAGCACAGAACACAGCCUGAAUCUGUUGCUUCCCCCAAGAGAAAGUGAACCAAGAAUUCCUAAAACUUUAACACCUGAAAAUAUGAAGAAUGAGCUGGUCUUUGUUGCAGCACCAGGAAGAGGUCAUAUUGUUUCCGAGAUCGAAUUUGCAAAGCGCCUAUCUGAAGUUGACCGAGGAAUAUCAGUAACUGUACUACUCAUGAAGUCAUCAUCACUAGAUCUUGAUUCCUUCAUUCAAGAAUUGGCUGCCUCUGUUAGUAGCUCUAAUAUACAAUUCAUCAGCUUACCUAAGGUAGAUCCACCACCUUCCGAAUUGAAGAGUUCAAAUGAGAGCUACUUUGCUGCUUACAUAGAGAAGCAUAAGUGUCUUGUCAAAGAUGCAAUAAUUAACCAUGUUCUGCCCAAAUCAGGAACUCAUCUUGCAGGGUUAGUGAUUGAUUUAUUUUGCAGUUCAAUGAUUGAUGUAGCGAAUGAGCUUGGUAUUCCUUCUUAUGUCUUCUGCACCUCAAGUGCUGCGUUUCUUGGCCUUGUUCUUUACCUCCCAAUUCGUCAUUCCCUGAGUGGAACUGAAUUUAGCAUCUCUGAUCCCGAUUCCAGCAUUCCAGCAUUUGCUAACCUUGUACCCUCAGGAGUUUUACCAUCUUUUCUGUUCAAUAAACAUGGUGGUUAUUCGUCAUUCUUAAGUCACGGUACGCAGUUUCAAAAGGCAAAAGGAUUCAUCAUAAACACAUUUGCAGAAUUAGAAUCCCAUGCCAUUAAUUUUCUAACAGCAGAUAAGGAAUCACCUCAAGUUUACACAGUUGGACCUGUGAUAAACCUUGACAUAACAAAAAAGCUUUCUGAGUCUGAUCGAAAGAUUAUGAAAUGGCUUGAUGAUCAGCCCUCCUCGUCUGUGGUUUUUCUCUGCUUUGGAAGCAUUGGAGGUUUUGAGCCACCACAGUUAGCAGAAAUAGCAAUUGCUCUAAAGCAGAGUGGACAUAGAUUCUUGUGGUCUGUCCAGCCUUCACCACCAAAAGACUUCACUGCAAAACCAAAAGUCUAUGCCAAUUUUUCAGAUGUUCUGCCAAAAGGGUUUCUGGAGAGGACGAAGGAUAGAGGACUGGUGUGUGGUUGGGCACCACAAGUGGAGAUUUUGAGACAUCAUGCAGUUGGAGGUUUUGUUUCUCAUUGUGGUUGGAAUUCUAUCCUGGAAAGCUUGUGGAAUGGUGUACCUAUUGCAACAUGGCCUGUUUAUGGUGAGCAGCAAUCUAAUGCAUUUCAGUUGGUGAAGGAUCUGGAACUAGCUGUAGAAUUGACAUUGGAUUACCGCUUUGAAAACUCUGAUGAGAUUGUAGUGGCAGAUAAAAUAGAGAAAGCCAUUAACUGGUUAAUGGAUUCUGAAAAUCCAGUAAGACAGAGGGUCAAAGAUUUAGGAGAAAAGGGUAGAAAGGCAUUGAUGGAUGGUGGCUCCUCAUUAAUCUCGUUUGGGCGCUUUAUUGCAGAUAUUUCUGUGAACAGAUUAUGAACAACCAACUAAUGCUCUGAGCCAAGCUUCAAGUUAGGUGGUUUAGUUUGUUUUGGUGAUAGCAGUCCAUCAUCAGAUCUAAUGUUCUUGGUAUUGAUUGUCCUCUUCACUAACUGUUGUCAACUCAGUUAAAAAUUACUACUAUUAUCUAGACUUUGCAUUGUUUAAUUUGUAACAUCACUAUUACAGGCAUUACUGGUAACAUUUCUUUACUUCCCAA